UUAGCAACUCUAAAAGCUCCCAAAAAACUGGACUCUACUCCGCUGACUGUGCACUACUUCAAAGUAUAUCCCCUCUUUUAGUCCAGCUGGAGAGCCGAGAGGACGCUAGCACAACGGUAACAAGGAUUCAAGUACAGGAAGGGAACCGUUGGAAAAUAGUGGACAGAGUCACAAAGGGGAUACGUCCACUUCAUACGGCGGCGAUGAAGCCGGUCAUUGUACUGCUUGUGUCUAUGGCAUGGGCUUCCACCGGAGCCCAGUACUACCAAGGGCUGAUAGACUAUCUGGAGAACAGGCUGCUGGCCAUAGAGGACCGCAUGGUGCUGUGGCACGAGCAGUCCCACCGCUACCACACGGAGAUGCUGAACUUCAAGAAACUGACGGCCGAGAUGGUGGACGCUGUUGGGAAGGAGCACCGCUACCUAUGGCAGGACCUGGGCGCCGCCGGCGACCGCGUAGAGCGCGCCGAGCGGGAGCUGGACUACCUAGAAAGGGCGACAUCCCCGCGGGCCUGCGUGGACCCGGCAGAUAAGGUGCACGAACAGGGGGUUUGGCGCGCGGGAACGAGCAAGAGGACCCGGGAGCAGGUGGAGGAGGAGGAAGGGGAGUGGGAGGAGGUGCGCUCCGAAGUCUCUGACUGCGUUGACAUCAUCUCCAGCAUCCGCUCGGUCAAGAUCCUGAAGCGGGUGGGCGGGGCCAAGGGCGUGUGGCUGAGGGACCCCCGGACCUCCAAGGUCUACGUGUUCAACGGCACGGCGGGGGACACCGUGCACCGCUUCGACUCCCUGGCGGACCUCUCCAGAUCCCCCGGGGUCGAACGUAACAGUAGCAGCGGCGGCGGCGUCGACGUCAGACUGCCGUCGGCGUGGAGCGGGGCCGGCGCCGCCGUCUACGACGACUACCUCUACCACGUCCACCGGCAGGGCUCGGACCGCCGGGAGCUCCAGCUGGUCAAGUACGACCUGCUGAAGGGCGUGGCCGCCGCCACCGCCCUGUUCCCCGUGGCGGACUCCGCCCCCGUCUACGCCCUCAACCCGGAGACGGCGGCUGAUCUGGCGGCGGACGAGCACGCCGUCUGGCUGCUGUUCGCCGCCGGCGAGGACGAGCCAAACGUGCACCUGGCCAAGAUGGACCCGGACACGCUGGACACGGAGCAGAUGUGGGACACGGGCUGCCCCCGGGCGAACGCCGAGGCCGCCUUCGUGGCGUGCGGGACGGUGUACGUGGUGUACAACACGCGGCCCGCCAGCCGGUCCCGCGUGCAGUGCGUGUUCGACGUGAACGGCGUGGUGGUCGGCGAGGAGGCGCCGCUGCUCUACUUCCCCCGGAGGUUCGGGGCGCACGCCAGCCUGAAGUACAACGCUGACGAGAGGCAGCUGUACGCCUGGGACGACGGGUACCAGAUCCUGUACCGGCUCAACCUCAAGAGGAAGCUCCUGGGUGGAGCAGGGCGGGGCUAGUGCGUCGGACUGGUGCCACGCUUGUUGUUUUUGUAAAUCACGCAAUCUAAAUUGGAAAAUAGCUCAUGAUUAUGAUUUGUAGCGGAUGAGUCCCAUUUCAGAUCGAUCGUUCUAGCUGCAAAUUCACACUGAUGCGCCUUUUCUGUAGCGUGAUAGGAUUGUGACACAGGUUCCUUAAUAAAUAAAUACAUUGUUUACUAGUAUUAGUGCUGCUAUACACUGGUCAACUGGAAAUUGACUGCAAUGUGUGUCUUAAUCCACGUCCCCGUUACCAUGGAAACGGCAACGGACACUGACACCAACAGCCACGUCGAUUCUUAACGCCAUUUGCUAGCACUGAUUGCUUUGUCUUCCGCUCCGUCUCGCCUUGUUGAUCAUUAGCCAUUGAUUAUUCUCUCAGCAUAUCAUCACACAAGUGAGGGAGUUUGUAUUUAGGUUUAGACACUUUAUUAGCAUCUUCGUAAAAGAUAAAGAGAUACAGUCCUAUGGAGAUGAUUUAUUUUUUUCAAACAUCAGAUUGUUAAGACUAAUACAUGAAUAUAUUCAAGAUUUAUUUAAUUUGAUGUAAUCACAUAUUAUCAUGAGUCAUCAUAACGAUCUGGGAUGUCUAAGGAAAACUGAAAAUAUAUUUGUUUUUCUGAACUAUAGGGUCAAAUCUUUCUGUUUCAAUCAAAAGGACAUUUACUCAAACAUGUGUAGUACAAGUACAAAUUGUUCAAUAUAAAAUUGGAAAGUCAUUACUUUCCAUAAUGGUUGGAAGGAUUACAAGACCUUAAGGAACACUACAGAUCUUAGCCAAAGCUUGUAGGUCUUAAAACAGUCCAUAAACUAAGGCGAAUUGAAUUAACAGGUAUAUAUUCUACUAUGGAAACACAGCACAUGUUCAGAGAAACAUAUGACCAUCAUAAAUUACAUCUUAGAAAAGAAACAACUUCUUUUUUUUAACCACUUGCUUCCAAUAUUACACUAAAAUAUUCUGUGUAGAAAAUAUAUUACCAAUGCCAUUAUUUCUGAGAAAGUCCACCAAUAGUCCACAAUGAAGAGUGUGAGACAAACAUUUCAAACAGUCACAUUUUCAGAAAGGGGUGUGGAGUGGGGGAUUGAGGAAUUGUGCCAAGCAAAAACAAUAAUAUGUUGACGGACCUUCUAGGCAUAACAAGCACCAAUUAGGCCACAUGUUCCUCCAGAAGCAGUGUUCUCUGUACUCGUGAGUACCACUGCACUCACUAAAGAAAGAGGUAAAACUACCUCCCGUCUUCUGUAGGUCUGCUUACUGAAUCAGACCAUUGUUGGCUCCCACGUUGGUCUACCUAAACAAGUGGAUGAGAUUUACGACACGGCUCGCUAUGCUUCGGUUACUAUGAGAUGCUGAAUU